AUGAAUGAAAUCUUCGCCCCUGCCCCCGAGCCAGCCACGCCGCUGGGCCGGUAUCGCAUCCUGUCCCCCACUGCCGGCAUCCGUGUGUCCCCCCUGCAGCUAGGCGCGAUGUCCAUCGGCGAUGCUUGGAGCGGAUUCAUGGGCAGCAUGAGCAAGGAACAGUCCUUCAAACUACUAGACGCUUUCGUCGCCGCGGGUGGCAACUUCAUCGACACAGCGAACAACUACCAAUCCGAGCAGAGCGAGACCUGGCUGGGAGAGUGGAUGGUCUCGCGCAAGAACCGCGACGACAUGGUCAUCGCGACCAAAUUCACGACAGACUACCGCACCCACGCGCUGGGCAAGGGCAAGGCCGUCAACUUCUGCGGCAACCACAAGCGCAGCUUGAUGGUCAGCGUGCGGGACUCGCUCCGCAAACUCCAGACAGAUUUCAUUGAUGUCCUCUACCUGCACUGGUGGGACCACACGACCUCCAUCGAAGAAGUCAUGGACGCGCUGCACAUCCUCGUCGAGCAGGGCAAGGUGCUCUACCUCGGUAUCUCGGAUUCGCCAGCGUGGAUCGUGUCUGCAGCGAACACGUACGCGCGCGCCCAUGGCAAAACACCAUUCAGCGUCUACCAGGGACGCUGGAAUGUGAUGCGCCGGGACUUCGAGCGGGACAUCCUGCCUAUGGCGCGGCAUUUCGGAAUGGCGCUUGCGCCGUGGGACGUGUUGGGGAGUGGGAAGUUCCAGACCGCGAAGGCGCUAGCGGCGCGUAAGAAGGAAGGCGAGGGAUUGCGGAGCAUGCUCGGGAAUGGUGAGCAGACGGAAGAGGAGCAGCGAAUGUCGGAGGCGUUGGCGCAGGUUGCAGCGGAGCAUGGCAUUGAGUCCGUGACUGCGAUUGCACUGGCUUAUGUGCUUUGCAAGGCGCCGAAUGUGUUUCCCAUUGUGGGCGGGCGCAAGGUCGAGCAUCUGCAUGAUAAUAUCCAGGCGUUAUCGAUCCGCUUGACGGAGAAGCAGAUUCAGCAUCUGGAGUCGGUGGUUCCCUUCGAUGAAGGGUUUCCGAAUAACUUUAUCGGACCCGAUCCCAAGGCCACGGGGGGUCCGGCCGGAUUCCUUGUUUCCACGGCAGGGAAAAUUGAUUUCGUGACGUCGUCGCAGGCGAUCGGGUAUGAGCCGGGGAAAUAG